AUGGAUGUAGAUAUCACGACUGUACUUCGAAGAAAACCUAAUGUGCUGCCAAAAGAGUCUCCAAAGGACAUCAAGAAGAUGAAGCUCGAAAUGAUUGAGAAGGAAAAUUGGAGUGUGAUGUUUCAACAAAGUGCUAAAGAUGAUUCAAAUGUUCAGAAGUGUUUCUUCUCCCAUCCAGACAAAUAUAUUUACUCCACUUCCUGCUUGAACUAUAUUCUGGGGUUAAUCUGGCAAUGUAAAGUGAACGACGCUGCAAAUGAGAAAUGCUUCUCCGACAUGGUUAGAUGAACUUGCCCCGAUUAUGGCCUCCUGUACUGCUCCUUCUCACUUCGACAAACCCUUUCUCUUCUUCUCGGUUCUCGACGUCGACAGCUUCUCCCACCUCCGACGUUUCUCUUGGUGUUGGCGCCUCCCAGCUCUGACCUCCGUCUAGCCCUGCCCCACCGUCCAACGCUUUCCAGCGUCACCCAGCCGAUGGAGCCCCUCAUCUCCAGCAAUCUCACCUCGCCUGCCCUUGCCAGCAACAUUAGGUCUGGUGACCUAGACCGAGAAAACUCAGAGGCUUCGGAGGAGUGGUGGCACUACUCAAAUCCCAGUGACGGAAGGAAACUCUCUAUCACAGCAACAGAAAUCGGAGACUGGAAUGGGAGAAAGAGAAAUAGAAAUCGAGAAAUCGACUUAUACAGUAAAUGGGGAAGAAUCGAUGAUGCACGCAACAUGUUUGAUAAAAUGCCUCAUCCGCCACUGGAACAAAACUGUACGGACAAUUCCAAUCUCUCGCAAGAAAGAAGAAAGAAGCAGCAAGCGAUCACUUUUGAUCGAGAAGGAAAGAAAAUUGAAGCAAGGUACAGCAAGAGUCUAAGCAAGAUAGAGGAAGAUUGA